AUGCCGUCGUCGUCGUCGCUGAUCCAAGGCAUCUCCAUCUCCGUCUCCGACGACGACGAGGCCACCGGUAAGGUGCGCGUCCGCGUCCGCCGAAAGCGCUCCCGCGGCCCCGUCUCCGCUUCGGCGCGCCGCCGCCGCAUCCUCUUCCGCGCCGCGCGGCUGGGCGUGCCGCUCCUCCUCGCCGCCCUCGCCGUAUCCCUCCUCCUCUACGAGUCCUACCGCCUCAAGCCUUCCCGCUCCUCCACACUGCCUCCGCCAUCCUUCGCGGACAUCAGUCGCCUCUCCCGCAACGCCCUCGCCGCUGAUGGCGCCAGGAAGUCAUGCCUGAAGUUUCUUGAUCCUGAGAAGCUUCAAAAUCUGGAGCUUCCAGAAAUUCCUGAAACAAAUUUGUCAAUCAAGGAAGUUGUGUACAGAUCAAGUCUGCCUCAUAUCGACAAUGAUACACCAUCACAUACAGAGAAUUCACGGUUUAACUCGUUCACAGGAUACCAGACACUCACUGAACGAGAAGAAAGCUUCAAGAUGAAGAAAAGUGUGACAGUGCACUGUGGCUUCUAUAAUGAAAAUGGAGGGUUCAGAGUUUCUGAUGUUGACAAAGAAUGCAUGAGAUCCUGUGAAGUAGUUGUUGCAACUUGUGCAUUUGGUGGAGGUGACGACCUUCACCAGCCUAUAGAGAUGACCGAAAACUCCAUCAGAAAGGUUUGCUAUGUAGCUUUCUGGGAUGAAGUCACUCGUGCAGCUCAAGAGGAGGAAGGACACAAGAUCGGUGAAGACCUCAUGAUUGGCCUAUGGCGGAUCAUUCUUGUUAGCGAUCUUCCUUUCUCAGAUCAACGAUUGAAUGGGAAAAUUCCCAAGCUGAUAAGCCAUCGCCUUUUCCCCAUGGCGCGGUACUCAAUUUGGGUGGAUUCAAAAUCUCAGUUCCGGAGAGAACCAUUGGGAGUCCUUGAAGCCCUUCUGUGGCGUUCAAACUCUUCUUUAGCGUUAUCUGAACAUGGAGCUCGGAGUAGCCUGUACGACGAGGCAAAAGCAAUUGUUAAGAAACACAAAGCAACUUCAGAAGAAGUUGAAGCGCAGUUGGAUCAGUACCGACAAGAUGGCAUCCCUGAUGAGAAAAGAUUCAAUGGAAAGAAAGCUCUGGCAGAAGCUUCAGUGAUCGUGAGGGAUCACGCCCCGCUGACCAACCUCUUCAUGUGCACCUGGUUCAACGAGGUGGUCAGGUUCACGUCCCGGGAUCAGCUGAGCUUUCCCUACGUGCUGAGGCGCCUGAGGCCGCCCGGCGUGCACCUGUUCCCCGUGUGCGCGCGCAAGGACCUGGUGAACAGCUUCGGGCACAGGCGCAAGGUGAAGCCGCUCGUCAAGGAGGCAACGUGGGGCCCUUUUGGGUGUCGUCUGGUCUUUAGAUCAGCCUGCCUGAUUACUAGUAGCCUCUCUUCUUUCUUCCAUCCAGUUCAUAAUAAGAAGGAUCCUGACGUAGUGAAAUUACAGUCAGACAGUAGUCACCGAAGGAGUGCAGCGUACUAG